UUGGAGGUCAUUACAGGUUCCUGUGGACAUAGCCUCUUGCAAAAAUGGUGCAACAGACUUUUGUGGUCCUGUCUCCAAAUCCUGAAAUAUGUCAUCCUUUGAUUAUGUUGUCGAAAUCCUAAGGAGGCCUGUUGGAAUGUACAGACCUAGGUUAGCAUCUCGUCAUACAAAUGAUAGCCUUUUAAAAGCCGCCCACAGAUGAGAUCCCGGUAGAUAAUUGAAUAGAUAAUAUAUCAGCCACAUGAUGAAUAAUUCUUUGCAAUUUCGUUCUACAGUUUCCAACUUUCUCCGAAUUAUUUCGUAACAUUAUAGUCCAACAACAACCUAAGUGUCAAUCUGGUGACUUACCAGUUACAUCAACCAGCAAGAGUCAAACAAAUACUUUAAACAAUUAUAAGUCACAACUGCUAAAAAAGAACGUGCAAUGAUAACCAGUCAUUUGUUUCUGAGAUCAGGAUAAUAUACAACAAAGUUUUAUUAAUCUUAUUAUUAUCAUAUAAUCUUUAGUCCUUUUCAUUAACAAACAAAUGAGAUAACAUACACAUGAAUUCACAUCAUAGUUCCAUCAACAGCCACGAAAUUCCAAACUGAACUUUCUACGUCAACUAGGUUUUUGAAGGCGAAGUUCCUAGAGGCUUUCAGUAUCUACUUGCGUUUUGAAUUAAAUAAUUCUGAGUCAUAAAUUUGGUGUUCUUGUGGUUCGAGGUAAUGUGAAAUUCUGUCACAACCUAUGCACUCCACAUGUUUGAUAGAAAGCCGUAUUAAAAGUUCUUGUCAUUUAAGUAAUCUGUUCAAGAGAUCACAUAUUACAUAAUCAGGAGAAUAUAGUAAAUAUGACCAAGAAAUUGUGAAAAAAAAUUCAUUAAAUUGAAAAAUAUAUGGGUACCUCUUUUCUUGAUUGAGAAAAUAGUGCGGAAAAAGUUUAAUGUUUUUUUUCUAAUUUUAAAAGCUAAAUUUUUUCUAGUAUUUUGUUAUCUUUUUUGCCUUUGGUUGCAGACAUUUUAUCAUAUUGCAAGAGGAUGCAGUCUCUAAAAGACAUCGUACCAGCAGCUGAGAACAAUAUAAACACAAAAUUUAUUGUUUUGGAGAAAGGGAGGAUAGCUUUGUCUCAAAAAAACAAAGGUAGGACAGGUGUAGAAGAGCAACAAAAGACCUGUCUGGCAUUAGUAGCAGAUGAGACAGCUGCAGUUCAAUUUCAAAUGUGGGGUGAUGAAUGCGAUGCUUUUGAGCCUGGGGAUAUUAUCCGGUUGGAAAAUGGGAUCUUUUCGUACCUCAACAAGAAGCAUGUGUUAAGGGCAGGUUGGCGAGGCAAGGCGGAAAAGAUGGGAGAGUUUACCAUGGCCUAUGUGGAGAAACCAAACAUGAGCGAGUUACCUUGGACCUCUGAUCCCAAAACGGAGAAAUUUUUUCUUCCCACCAAUGCAUCGAGUAUUGGGCAAUCUUAUCUCGGAAAGGCUUAUGACCAGCAACAAACAAGAUGAAAAGAUUGCUCUGAAGUAGCUGCAACACAGAGUCAUCCUGAGGGAGUUGAAUGAAUUUCAAACGCGGACUGAAAUUGGCGACUGAUUUGAUAUACGAAGAGAUCUUGUUGUCAUGAGGUAAUUGCAUGAUGAGGACUGUAAUGGACAUGUGUUUUUCUCUAGUUAUGAGAAGCUUUGUCAUUUCUACUGUGGACACUAAAUGACCAACUCCUGGAGAAGGAAUGAAGAUUAACUCUAUUUUCUUGCUACUUGUCAUUUUUCUUUUUUGGCUCAAAGGCUUAUACAAACUUGAACUUUGAUAC